AUGAGUGUCAAACGACCUAGCGAUGAUACGGCUGCCGGUGCGAAGGAACCCGACAAGAAGAAACGCAAAGGAUUCUCUGUCGGACCAGCCAAUCUUCCUGAUGGCACAUACAGGCCACAAAAAAUCAAGAACGACCUCAUCCAGAAGGCAAAGGUGAAAAAGGCCUACGCGAAAGUCAAGGCUCGAGAGGAGGCCGCACGAAUAGCACAAACCGCUACGCAAUCCGAGAUUGAGCGCAACCCGACUGAUAGCCCUCUUAACAAUACUUCCAGAAGCCUUGACUUACACCCAGAUCGACAAGCAAUGCUCAAGAGACCAGCGGCAGGCGACGGACAAACGCAAGUAGUUGAAGACAUCGCUCAAAACGAGAAUACAAACUUUUACAACCCUUCGAGAAAGCGGGCCCCGAAACAAUCACGGUAUAAGAAAGAAAUAGAGCUUGCAGCUCAAAACAAAGCAAAAAUUGAGGCUAAAAGGAAAGCUAGAGAGGCUCGGGAGAAAGAGCACAAAGCCAUGGCAAAGGCGAAAAGACCUGGCAAGGAUGGAAAAAUCAAGCUCGGGCGUCAGGGAACCGCAUUGUUGAAUCGGGUUCGGAGGUUGACCGAGGAGGGCAAGAUAUGA